AUGAACAAAUGAUGCUUUGGAAAGUGGUCCAAGUGAAAUUAUCAACUUUUGUCGAUUAUAUAAAUUCUUUUGACAACAUUCAUUAAACAAAUGAACAAAAAUAGUAUGCUGCUAAAAAACAACUACAAGUUGGAAGACCUUCAACGAUCAAAGUUUGUGUAAUAGGUAGAACAUUGAUCGAGUACUGAAAAGUUAUUUGUUUCGCAUGUUGAAAUUGUGGGUAUAUUGAUAGUGUAUGUUCCAUUUUGCGUUGCUCAACUGUAUCAUUAAACCGAAAUGAAAAUAUCUGUGGAGUGGUUGCCAAGCAUUAUUUGCAAUCUGUUAUUAGUACUGGUGGUAAUCACGGUAUCUUUGUCAUUCCACUAUGGCCACGUGACCCAUAUCAUACCUUACAUCAGUGACACCGGAACACUUCCUCCCGAAAGCUGCAUUUUUGGUCAAGUUCUGAAUAUACUAUGGACUCUUAUCUCUUUCUCGAUGUACAUCAAGUUCAAACAAGUCCAAUGUAUAUUUCUGAAUCAUAACAUCGUAGACAAAAAUUCUCUCAAUAAAAUUUCUUUGAGAAUCGGAUUAAUUGCAGCAUUUGGGGUUAGCAUUGUGGCCAAUUUUCAGGAAACGAAUCUAUUCAUAGUCCACUGGAUUGGAGCUGUGCUGGUUUUCGGAGGUGGAGCUAUUUAUAUUUGUCUUCAGACCAUUAUAUAUUUGAAGAUAACCCCCGUCAUUGGACAAUGGAGAAGCACACAAUUGAGAGUUGUCCUGUCAGUCAUUUCCACCAUAAGUUUUGUUAUAUUCUUCGUCGCAGCCAUGGUAUCGUAUAGACAAUUUCAAGGUAGAGAUCACCUAAAGUGGCAACAAAAAGACGGUGGUUUCGAAUGGCAUAAUAUCAGUACCUUAUCAGAAUGGAUCUGCGCCACUUCAGUUAUGAUUUUCAUAUUGCUCUUCACUGCUGAAUUCAAGUCUAUCCAAAUAUAUGAGCCGGAAGUUAGUAUAGAUGAUGGAACUGUCAACAGCAUCCAUCCAUCUGGAGGAAUGAAGUGAAAUAAACCAGAAACAGACAGUAUAUGACCUUGAAUAUAUUUUCAAAUAAUAGAAAAUUAUGAAUAGACCUGAAUAUGAGAAUAAAAAAAAUUAUUUCAA